CUAUCCAUAAAUAAGCUAUUUUUGAGAUAAACUUUUCAACAUACGUCCUUGCAAAAGAGUUGUAUUUAAGAUUGCUUUGCACACUGUCGCAGUUACAAUUGAGUGAGCAAUCAUGAAAUAUCAACUGAUCUUCGCUGUUUUUGCCCUUUUCGCUGGUGGGGCUCAAUGCUCUAGGAUUAGGAGAGCAUUUGGAGGUUUUGCUGGAUUUGGGGCUGCACCAGCAGCGAUAGCUGCUCCUUCUGCACCAGUGGCUGUUCCUUCCAAUCCUGCUGCACCUGCGGCUGCUCCAAUGGCUGCUUUUGCAGCUGAUCCCGGUGCAUCCGUAACAACCCCGAAAACUGCUGGUUUAAAUCUGGCUCUGGGUUUCAUGGUGGAUGAAUUGGAUAAACAACAAUCCCUUGGUGGUCCCGUCAACCCCGGUGGUCUCCAAAAGGCUUGCAUUGUAGCAUCAAAAAUCAAGAUGUUGGGAGGUGAAGUUGAUAAACCGACCCAAGAUAAACUGGAUUCCUUAGUGGCUGAUUAUGCAGUACAGGCUGUUGAUCCAGCUGCAUUUUCCGCUUUUGCUGCUCCACCCGCUGGCUUCCUCUGAUCAAGUCAUUUGAGUGUCAUGUAUUUGUUUCUUAAGACAAUAAAUAGAAAUAAAUA